AUGGAAUCUGCUGUCUCAAAGAAAAAAGAGUCAUCAAAGCCCAGUUGUUCAACAAAUGUAAAAGAAAUUGUUAAUUCCAAUCGCCCUGAAGUGGAUCUUCCAUAUGCUGAAAUGGGAAAAGUUUUGUUGAGAUUUGCACCUGAACCAAGUGGCUAUCUCCACAUAGGCCAUGCAAAAGCCGCUUUAUUAAACCAAUAUUUUGCUCAGAAAUACAACGGGAAAGUAAUCCUACGGUUUGAUGACACGAAUCCUGCAAAAGAAAGCAACGAAUUUGUUGAUAAUAUUCUAAUAGACAUCGGGACUUUAGGAAUCAAGUUCGAAAAAAUCACGUAUACUUCCGAUUACUUUCCGAAUCUCAUGGAAAUGGCUGAAAAGUUUAUUAAAGAAGGGAAAGCAUACGUCGACUACACCCCCAAAGAACAAAUGAAACACGAGCGAGACAAGAAAAUAGAAUCAAAAUGUCGGAAUCAGAGUGUCGAUGAAAACCUCAAACUAUGGAAUGACAUGAUUCUCGGAACAGAAAAGGGACUGAAAUGUUGCUUACGUGGUAAGUUGGACAUGACCGAUAACAAUGGAUCAAUGCGGGACCCGACUUACUAUCGGUGUAAUCCGAUUCCACAUCACCGAAUCGGAUCAAAGUAUAAAAUAUAUCCGACGUAUGAUUUUGCAUGUCCUGUUGUUGAUUCUAUUGAAGGGAUUACACACAUGUUGAGAUCCAGUGAGUAUCAUGAUAGAAAUCCUCAGUAUUCAAGGAUUCAAGAGGAUAUGGGGCUUAGGAAAGUUCAUAUAUAUGAGUUUAGCAGGUUGAAUAUGGUUUAUACAGUUUUAAGUAAACGGAAUUUGCUUUGGUUUGUUGAAAAUAACAAGGUUGAUGGAUGGGAUGAUGCGCGUUUUCCAACUGUCCAAGGAAUUGUGCGCAGAGGUUUACAAAUUCAGGCUUUGAUACACUUUAUACUUGAACAAGGAGCAUCAAUGAAUCUGAAUGUUAUGGAAUCGGACAAACUCUGGAGCAUUAACAAAAAAAUGAUCGACCCUGUUUGCCCCAGACACACUGCAAUCCUUGAAGAGAACCGUGUCUUGUUGACUUUAUUAGAUGGGCCCCACAAGCCAUUUGUGCGUGUCAUACCAAAGCACAAGAAAUACGCUGCUGCAGGGGAUAAAACCACCACUUUUACCAAAAAUAUUUGGAUAGAACAAGCCGAUGCCAAGGCCAUAUUGCCUAACGACGAAAUUACGUUAAUGGACUGGGGAAAUGCGAUUGUUAAAGAGAUCAACAAGGACAAAAACGGAAAUGUGACCGAAUUAAUUGGGGUUUUGCAUCUUGAGGGAUCGUUUAAGACCACAAAACUGAAACUCACGUGGUUGCCUGACACUACUGAGCUUGUUCCUCUAACUCUUGUGGACUUUGGAUACCUAAUCACGAAAAAGACGAUGAAAAAAAAAGAGGAUUUUAUUCCAGUGUUGAACAGGGAUACAAAGAAAGAGAUUGGGGGUGUGUUGGGGAUUCAAAUAUGA